AUGUAUUCGAUCUUGCGAUUAUUACUGGUUCUUGCCCUCUGGGCGCAGCUCAUCACAUCUAAUCCGAUUGACCUCGGAGAACUUGGGAUUCCCAUCGCAAACAGAGCCGACUCCAGCCUUGUCGGCUAUCUCGGAGCCUUCUUCCUCGGGGCCGACCCGUACGUGUACUUUUACCUGAGCAACGGCAAUAAUGCCGUCUCGUUCAAGGCCCUGAACCGGGGCCAGCCGGUCCUCAAGCCGACCAAGGGGACGGGGGGCGUUAGGGAUCCGGCGAUUGUGCAGGGCGGCGGCGCCGAAGCCGGAAAGAAGUGGUACAUUGUCGGCACCGAUCUCAAUAUCGGCAAGACAACCUGGGAUGCUGCUCAGAGGACUGGCUCUCGUGGUAUCUUUGUAUGGGAAAGCACCGACCUGGUCAAUUGGACCGGCGAAAGGCUGGUGGUAGUUGAAGAUGCCACAGCAGGAAUGGUCUGGGCGCCCGAAGCGAUAUGGGACGCUUCGAAAAACCAAUAUUUGGUUCACUGGGCAUCUAAAUUUUACUCCACAUCAGACGCCUCUCAUACUGGCAGUCCAUCCAAUAUUGUCAUUCGAUAUGCCUACACCAGUGACUUCAAGACCUUUACCUCCCCAAAGACAUAUAUCGACAAGUCUACAUUCAAUGUCAUUGACUUGGACAUUUUGCCUCUCGACAAUACCGGAUCGAACUACCUGCGCUUUCUCAAAGACGAGACAGCCAAGACAGUGUUUGUAGAGUAUUCGACAUCGGGCCUCUUUGGUUCGUGGACGCGGGCGGGCGGCAGCUCCGGUAUCAUCACAUCGGCGGUCGAGGGCCCUGCGGCGUAUAGAGACAAUCAGGUCGACGGCAAGGUUCAUGUACUCCUCGAUUUCUAUGGCAGCGAUGGUUAUAGGCCAUAUGAAAGCACGAAUCCUAUGGGCAACUCGUGGACAGCGAGUAGUCGCUCGGCAUUUCCAUCCAACCUAAGGCAUGGGAGCGUUUUGCCGAUAAACCAAAGCCUCUUCGAUUCUGUAAACAGUAAGUGGGGUGGAUAG